CGGAGGGGGGAAAAAAAAUGCCAACUUUUUCGAAAAAGAAAACCGAUUGCACUGUUAAGGUCGCUUCGUAACAGCAGCAGAAUGAAAGUUGCCAUUGUGAAAGCCAUCAUAUUCAUCGGAUGCUUUUUCGUAUCAGCCUUGGCCAUUUCCCAAGGCGACGACGCAGGGGAAGGGGAAUUUCCCUACAUAGUUUCCGUUACGUACAACGACGAACACAUUUGCGGCGGAUUCAUCUACAGUAACUAUUUCGUUCUAACGGCAGCCUCCUGUCUAAUUGGAAAAUCGCCAUGGAACACGGCCGUGGUAAUUGCCCAGUUGUCGUUAAUCCAGCCAGAUGUGGAUGAACUCCGCAUUCAAGCUCUUUCCUUCUACAUUUACCCAGAGUACGAAGAAGUAUACCACACUAACGACCUAGCGCUCAUCAAAGUAAACCAACCGAUCCCUUAUGGACCCCACGUUAACUUUAUCUAUUACGAAGAAGCAAACGACACUGACACUUCAGCAACGGUGAUGGGCUGGGGAGCAACUCAGGAUGGAGGAGCUCCUUCUACAAAGUUACGUAAAGCAGUUGUAACCCUUCCGGCCGAUUGCCAGUCUUACGGAAUUGACGAGUUUGUGAUAAACACGAUGAUCUGCGCUGGAAUCAAUGAAAUUGACAAAGCAAGUCCUUGCAAUUACGAUCAAGGAUCACCACUAGUCCAAGGCAAUUACGCGAUUGGUAUUAUGUCCAAAAAUCGCGGAUGCAGUGGAAAUUUCGCGCCUACUAUCUACACGCGAUUGUCUACCUUCCACCCUUGGAUAGGAAAUACAGCCGGCAAACAACCUACCCCAACUACUCUACGCACACAUCGCUAUACUUAAACCAUAUUUGUAACCACCCAUGUUCGCUAGAAGACCCUACAUUGUUGCUGGGAGUCUCAUUUAAAAAAACCCCACAAAUUCUGAUCGUGCAUUAUUCGUUUCCCAUUUGGUCGCAAUAAAAAUAGUUUCCUGUC